AUGUCGACACACGAUCCCGAGCCGCCGUCCCCGACGAAAGUCCACGACCGGUAUGCGCCAUCCGCCCGGCCUGUCCAACCGCGCGACAUGUCGAUACCCACCAAGCAGAGUGCCUGGAGUGCGCCCAUUGCGAAACUGGCUGUCAAAGUCGCAAAUCUUCCUGACGGUUCCGUCAAUGCGCUGUGCGGGGCUUCUGCCGGCGUCGCUUCCGGCAUCGUCACCUGCCCGCUUGAUGUCAUCAAGACGCGAUUGCAGGCGCAGGGCUCAUUUCGCCCACGAAAGUAUACUGGACCGCCCCGCACCGUCUACAAAGGCCUCGGUGGCACUGCGCGCAUCAUCUGGGUCGAGGAUGGUAUCCGCGGCCUGUACAGAGGCCUCGGGCCUAUGCUACUCGGCUACAUUCCGACCUGGGCAGUCUAUAUGAGCACAUACGACCAGACCAAGAAUCUCCUCUAUCCUCAGAUGGAGAACAAAUGGCUCGCGCGAACUAUUGCCUCACUAGUUGCCGGUGGCUGUUCAACCCUAGUCACCAACCCCAUUUGGGUUGUUAAGACGAGAUUGAUGUCACAAGUCAGCGCUCGCGCAUCAGACGAACAUCGGCCGCCAUGGCACUACAAAAAUACAUUUGACGCCUUCCGCAAGAUGUACGCCAAAGAAGGUCUUAUAUCUUUCUACUCUGGGCUUACGCCAGCUCUGCUUGGACUCACACACGUCGCUAUCCAGUUUCCACUAUACGAAUUCCUGAAGAUGAAAUUUACUGGCCUAGAAAUGGGCCAAACAGAUGCAAAGACCGAGGAGGUGCAUUGGUUUGCAAUUGCGUUGGCCACUGUACUCAGCAAAAUGACUGCGACAUCGGCUACAUACCCACACGAGGUUUUGCGCACACGGCUGCAGACCCAGCAACGAGCGCUUCCCGAGCACUCAGAUAACCAUAUUACGUUCCGAGGAGGGCACCACGACCAACUCCACACACGACCUCCAGGAACAGCUUCUUCAGACGGUAUGAUCAACAUACCUCGCUAUCGUGGCAUACUUCGAACAUGCACAGUAAUCCUCCAAGAAGAGGGUUGGAGAGCCUUUUACAACGGAAUGGGCACCAAUAUGGUUCGCGCUGUUCCUGCAGCCGUUACGACUAUGCUCACGUUUGAAUUGUUGAAGAGUGUUCACCAGAAGAUGAAGAAGGAGGGGGAAAGGAUAGAAGGAUAG